AUGAAUAUGGAUAUAAAUACCACAUCUAACCUUUUAUCUUCAUUGGCCCAAUACUUUCAAUAUUUAAGAAACGAGUUUGAUCAAUAUCAAUAUGAAGCCAAAGGAAUAGCUUUAACUGGAAACGAAAAAUACACAGAACGGCGAAGCACUAAAAGAAGGAGGCAUUUUGGGAAACCAAAUACAGAAGUUAUUUUGGAUCCUAGAGAGAAAAUGAGAUCCCAGAUUUACUUUUCAAUCCUUGACAAUCUUCAAACAGAAAUUAUUCAUAGAUCCGAAGUGUACAAAACAUGUUCAGCUCUUUCUGAAUUUUUGUUUAAUUUAAAAAAAUUAAGUGACGAAGCUAUAGUAUUAAAUGCACAAAAAUUAAAAAGACAUAUAUGGAAGACUUAG